AUGCACUUCCAGCCGCCGUUCGCAACAGCCUCGGCCAUGUCCCAGUACGCGGCCUACGGCGGGGGGCUGCCGGCCGAACUCCACGUGGCGGCGGACCCGUACCGGAACGCCCACCACCACCACCUGCCGUACCGUGCCUCCGUGGAACUGCCGCGGGGGGGCUACCUGGUGCCGGCAUCGCCGCACGGCGUGCCGGCGUCCGCCUACCUCGCCGCCCCGGGCCCCGGCGGCCUCAGCUACUACCGCCAGUUUCCCCCGGGCAUGGUGCAGAUGGCGGCCGGAGCGAUCCCCGGCGACGGGGAGCCAUCGGCCGGGGCCAAGCUGGCGGCGGCGAUAUCGUUCGGCGGGGCCGGCAGCGGCGGUGGGGCCGGCGGAACUCCGCCAGAGAAAGCCCCGCCACCAUCCCCGUCGGGGGCGUCGUCCUCCGGCUACCCCACGGGCGGCGGCCUGACGGCGGCGGCGGCGGUUGGGGCGGCGGCGGGAGAAGGCGGCGGAAAGCAGCCGAAAGAAUCCAUACUGGAGUCGCUGCUGGCAGCGAGGUCGGAGAGGCUGUCGGCCGGGUCGAUGGAGGCGGAGGAGUUAUCUUCAGGAGAGGUCGCAGGUGCCAAGAGCAACGGCGGCGCGACGGCGGCGGCGGUGGCGGCGGCGGCGGUGGCGGCGGCGGCGGAUCGAGAAAGUGGGUGCUCUCCUUCCUCCCCGCUGCCGCCGAACCUGCAGCAGGACACCGGCGCGCACGCCGCUGUGCCGGGCGGCGGCAAAUCCGGCGCCGGUGAGGGCAGCGGCGUCGAAGCGGGCGACAAGUCUCUGGCGGAGGAGCAGCGCAUGCCCGACGGCGGGCGCACGGUGGCCGCCGCCGCGCCCCUGGCCGCGGUGGCGAACGUUUCGGCGGCGGUGGCGAUGCACCUCACCGGGCUGCCUGGGGGUUUCUCGGGCGUGGGCGGCAUGCACCACGGGAUCGGGACGAUGCAGGGGGUCGGUGGGAUGGCCGGAAUGAGGGGAAUGCCGCCGCCCACGGCGGUGGCGGUCUCCCCCGCGGGCGGGCCGGCGACCAUGCAGCCGUACAUGGCCCCGGGACAGCAGCAGCAUUCGGCGGCGGGCUUCGCGAGCCACGACGCGUUCGAGGAGCACAUCCGACAGCAGGAGAAGAAGCUGCAAAAGCGCGCGGCCAACCGCAAGUCGGCCCAGCUCAGCCGCAAACGCAAGAAGGCGCUCAUCGAGGAGCUGCGGUACGAGAACCAGGACCUGCAGCGGCACGAGGACAUCCUCGAGGUGAUUCCGGACCCCGUGUUCGCGUUCGAUACCGCGAACGGCCGCGUCUGGUUCGCAAGCACCUCGGCGUCGGCGCAGUUCGGCCUGUCGGUGGAGGACCUGACCUCGGCCUGCUUCUUCGACCUCAUGACCGAGGACUGCUCGAAGCGCCUGCGCGUCCUAAUCGACACCGCCGCAAAGGACGUCUCGGAGACAAACAGCUCCCUGCUGCACGAGCGCAUGACCGUGAGGUUCAAGAAAAGAAAAGGGGCCAUCCUUCUGGGCGAGCUGAGCGGCCGCUUGUCGCAACUGAACGGCGUCACGACGGCGGUGUGUAGCGUCAGGCCGCUCUCCCUGGCGACAGACGAGAUCGUGGGCAAGGGGUACAUUGGCGAUGCCAGCGUCCGCCAACUGGCAAAAAAAACGAACGCCCACCAGGGGAACAGCCACCAGGAAUCCCGCAGCGGGGGCACGGGCCAAAACAAGAACGGGAGCAGCGGGGAAUGGACGUCCUCCGGCCUCGGCACCGGGUUCCCGUUCAUUGCGGAAAAAGGCCCCUCCAACGGGGGGGGGGUGGCCCACCUGUCCUCCCUUGAGGGAAAACGGAAGGACGGGGGGGCCACCACCAACAACAAUGGGCAACGGGGGGGGGGCCGCGGCAACCCCUCCAAAAACACGGGCAAGGGGGGCGGGAACCUCCGCCGCGCGGGCGGGAACCAAGAAGGCCCCCGGGAA